CCAAUAUAACGACUUAUGUCAAUUUAACGACUUUUUAUCUGAUAAAUCGUGGCCGUCCACUUUCAGUGGCUCUCCUGUUUCCUUCGUUAACAAGAUGACGCAUGAUUGGACUGAGGGGGGAGUGAUCCAAAUCUAUGUCAGACACACAUUUGUAAUCUGCUACACAAUUAUUUUUUAUUAAGUUUUUUUUUUUUGUUGGUUUUAAAAGUCGCACACUUUUUAAUACAAUAGUGCUCUCUCACCCACUCUCCUUGCUUUGGCUCUCACAAGUCACAAGAUCGAGUCUUUGAAGGCUGGGGAGAGAGGUAGAGAUUGUUUGCUUUGAAAGUGUGUGAGAAGAGAGAAAUGGCUUUAGAGUACGAUCUACUGAAUGAAAACGUGAAGAAGUGUCAGUAUGCUGUAAGAGGUGAGCUCUAUCUCCGUGCUUCUGAGCUUCAGAAAGAAGGCAAAAAGAUCAUUUUCACAAACGUUGGGAACCCUCAUGCUUUAGGACAGAAGCCUCUCACUUUUCCUCGCCAGGUGGUUGCGCUCUGUCAAGCACCGUUUCUACUAGAUGACCCCAAUGUUGGAAUGCUAUUUCCAGCUGAUGCUAUUGCCAGAGCUAAGCAUUAUCUCUCCUUGACCUCUGGCGGAUUAGGUGCUUACAGUGACUCAAGAGGCCUUCCUGGUGUUAGGAAAGAGGUUGCUGAGUUCAUUCAAAGACGUGAUGGCUAUCCAAGUGACCCAGAACUCAUAUUUCUCACUGAUGGAGCUAGCAAAGGUGUGAUGCAGAUCUUGAACUGUGUUAUACGCGGUGAGGGAGAUGGGAUUCUAGUUCCGGUUCCACAGUACCCACUCUACUCAGCUACCAUAUCACUCUUAGGUGGUUCUCUUGUUCCUUACUAUCUCGAUGAGUCUGAGAACUGGGGGCUUGAUGUCAACAACCUUAGACAGUCCGUUGCCCAGGCUCGUUCUCAAGGGAUAUCAGUAAGGGCAAUGGUGAUCAUCAACCCUGGGAACCCAACUGGUCAGUGUCUAAGCGAAGCUAACUUAAAAGAGAUAUUGAAGUUCUGUUACAACGAGAAACUGGUUCUUCUGGGAGACGAGGUUUAUCAGCAAAACAUUUACCAGGACGAGCGUCCCUUUAUCAGCUCCAAGAAGGUUUUGAUGGAUAUGGGCUCGCCGUUCAGCAAGGGAGUCCAGCUUGUGUCUUUUCACACUGUCUCUAAAGGUUAUUGGGGAGAGUGUGGACAGAGAGGUGGAUACUUUGAGAUGACUAACUUCCCUCCCAGGGUUGUUGAAGAGAUAUACAAGGUUGCAUCAAUUGCUUUGAGCCCAAAUGUCUCUGCACAGAUCUUUAUGGGUUUGAUGGUUAGCCCUCCAAAGCCUGGAGACAUUUCAUAUGACCAGUUUGCCCGUGAAAGCAAGGGGAUUCUUGAAUCUUUGAGAAGAAGAGCGAAGAUCAUGACUGAUGGAUUCAACAGCUGCAAGAACGUUGUCUGCAACUUCACAGAAGGUGCAAUGUAUUCGUUUCCUCAAAUACGGUUACCACCGGGAGCUCUUCAAGCUGCGAAGCAAGCAGGGAAAGUGCCAGACGUUUUCUACUGUCUAAAGCUCUUAGAAGCCACAGGAAUCUCCACAGUGCCUGGCUCUGGAUUUGGACAGAAAGAAGGUGUGUUCCAUCUGAGGACAACGAUCUUGCCUGCGGAAGAAGAGAUGCCGGAGAUCAUGGAUAGUUUCAAGAAGUUCAACGACGAGUUCAUGGCCCAGUAUGAGAAUGGCUUUGGUUAUUCCAGAAUGUGAUAUACUUCUUUCUUCUUGUUAUGAUGAUGGAACAACCUAUUGUGUUCUGCUACACUCCUUAAAGCUAAAUCUCUUGUACUACUUACUACUCUUCUCUUUUUAUAAACUGUUUUCUCUGUCUCUUCUAUUUUCAAAAUGGAAACAAAUAAGAUCUUUUAUCAUUA